GCCCGCACCCGCUCGGCUCGGCAUCGGGCCCCCGGCUCGGCAUCCCCACGCUGCCCUCAUCGAGGCUGACAGCAGCGGCCGCGGGCUUCAGGUUCCUCCCCCUCGGGCUUUCUCCAGAGGCUGCUCGGCCUCCCUAUAAAAAAACAGCGGCUCCGACGCCGAAGAUCCUGCAAGGCGCAGCCCGCUCUGCACCCAGCGACUCCAGGGAGCCCGGACGGGAGCCUGUGUCCCCAUGGCGCUGUUCCUGAGACUCGGCUGCUCGCUGCUGGCGCUCAGCACCUGCCUGCUGCCGCGGGCACGGGCAGACUGCGGUCGCGACUGUGCCGCCUGCGCCUACCGCCUGGGACCCCGCGCCGGCAUCCACCCCCUGGCAUGUACACUAGAGUGUGAGGGAAAGCUGCCUUCUGCCAAAGCCUGGGAGACCUGCAAGGAGCUCCUGCAGCUGGCAAAGCUGGAUCUUUCUGAGGAUGGCAGCAUUACUCCAGGAGACAAGAAAGAGCUGGAUGAGAACCAUCUGCUUGCAAAGAAGUAUGGAGGCUUCAUGAAAAGAUAUGGGGGGUUCAUGAAGAAAAUGGACGAGCUCUACCGGGUAGAACCGGAGGAUGAGGGCAACGGAGGGGAAAUCCUGGCUAAGAGGUAUGGAGGGUUUAUGAAGAAAGACUCAGAUGAUGAUGCCCUUGCUAAUUCCUCUGAUCUGCUGAAGGAGCUUCUGGGAACAGGAGAUAACCCUGAAGCAGGGCAAUACAGAGAGCUAAGCGAAAAGGAGGGGGACGUCAGCAAAAGGUACGGAGGCUUCAUGAGGAGCGUCAAGCGCAGCCCAGAAAUGGAAGAUGAAGCCAAGGAGCUGCAAAAGAGAUAUGGUGGGUUCAUGAGAAGAGUGGGCAGGCCAGAAUGGUGGCUGGACUACCAGAAACGAUACGGAGGCUUUCUUAAGCGCUUCGCCGACUCCAUUCUCCCUUCAGAUGAUGAUGGCGAAACUUACUCCAAAGAGGGCCCAGAGAUGGAAAAGAGAUAUGGUGGAUUUAUGAGAUUUUAAUACCUUUUCCUUUUAUCCCUUUUUGUCCUAAAUGAGAAAGACUGCCUUAUUGGUCAUAACUUAUUGUAAUGUGUUGCUUGUACUGUACAGUUUUAUACUGUCCUUGGUUGAUGCCACCUGCGAUUUGUCGUUUCAGGUUGUGUUCUUUCCAGUCAAAGAACUGAUUUCUGUCCCAGUCCGGUUUCAGUCUGUGUUGUAGCUUCCAUGCUAGAACUAUUUUGAUUACUGUAUUCAUUUUCUUUAAUGAGGAAGUACAUCUACAGUAGAGUUGCUUAACUGUAUAUAUAAUAAAUUCUUCAUCCUAA